CGAGAUACGUACCCCUGCACUGCAGGACCCCGGCAUCCAUGCAAGCCCAUCGAGAACGACUUACAGAAGAAGUUACAGCUCCUAACCCCGUCUAGCCUCGAAGCUGCCAACGAUUGAACUCACUCGUGUAUAUCAACUCUUUGCCAAACAAGGCCAUGGGGAAUAUCAGGAAUCUUUCCGACAUGUCUUCGCCUACAGAUUAUGUCGGCAGACUUCAGCAGCAGUCUCCCUAGUGCGUAUCCGAGUCCCGAGCAGGAGGAGACGGGCUCGCCGCAAACCACGGAACAGCAGAAACCCGCCGCCAAGAGGAAGCGGGAAAACCGCUACAAGAAUGCCCCUCCCGCUGUUUUAUCUCGGCGGAGAGCACAGAACCGUGCUUCUCAGAGAGCUUACCGCGAACGGAAGGACCAGAGGAUAAAAGAUCUCGAACAGAUGCUCAAUGAUGCCAAGCAACGGAACGAUGUGCUCAGCCAGGCAUACGCCGAGCUUCACGCCGAAUACGUGGCGCUCAAAGCUUCACAGCUCAAGGACCACGGUUACCCCCAGCACGUUGAUGUAGCCUACAGCGACCCUCACAGCAUCGAGCUCGGCACAGGCCUUGGGCUAGACCUAGACAUGUUUACCUAUAGCGACGUGAACACCGGGUAUGCACUGUGAAAAAAUAACGAACUAUCCGUUCAGGAUGACA